UGUCAAGCAACCGAACACCGGCAGUCUGAAUAACUCCUCUCCCCUUGCCUCCACUGUCCUAAAACUUGUCACUCCAGAUCAGCGUUCGAGACGCGACGAGAGCAGCAAGUUCGCCCGCGCUGCUCCAUUCUGCUCCGUUCGUUUCUCUCUGUCUGCCGGUGGCGCUGAACCGCUGCAGCACGCAGCCCGGACGUUGGGGGCUGGCAUACUGCGUGCGAGAGAGAGAACAGAAUGAGAGAAAAGGACCAGACCAGUCGAGCUUGUUGCAAAUCUGUUUCUCUUCGAAGCGGACGUGUUCGGGACAGAGAGAAGAGAGGACGAGAGUGAGCAAGAUGAGGAAGGGAAGACUGAGUUUCAACUCGUAAAAGAAAGGGGAACAAAUGGGGGGGGAAAUACCUGUUAUAUCAAGGAAAGAAUUUACUUUAAUAUUACACCCAAGCCACAUCUGGAAAUAGUCGUUCCUCGGACGUUCUCUGCAAGGAGCAGCUCGAGUCCACGAGGAGCCUGCCUGUUAUGCGAAUGCAGUAAGCCAAGAUCACUGGGGUUGGGGCCUGUUCCCUAGGGAGCCGUAUAUCUUCUGCCUCGGGCUCGUCAGAGUUGUGAAAGAAGAAAAAGGAUUCUGCUAGUCCGUGACUCCAGGUCAGGAGGUGUAGUGGAGAUGCAGCCCAAGAAAUAGGGAGAUUCUGGGGAUGAGAAGUCCCUGUUCUCUCCCUGUCUUCCCCAGAGAACCAGGAGAACACUGGAACUCUCAAACAGAGUGUGUGUUCAGUGUAUGUCCGGCCUUGUCCAGGUACCAUGGCUCUGGUUCAGACCCUGCCUGUGUCCACAACUGACCACCCCAAGCCUCCUACCAGCCUCGACAUCAUCUCCCUCUCCCCUGUGGUUGGAGGGCCCUGUGGCCCCGGAGCCACCAUGGGCUCCGUCAGCAGCCUCAUCUCUGGCCGGACCUAUCAGGAGCAGCGACACUGCCGGGCCGCCAGCGAGUUCAGCACUAAGACACGCCAUAACACCCCAACCACCAGCUGUUUCAGGCUCCAGGGUGAUAGCAACACCCUGACCAGCGCGAGCUCCCUGGAACAACUACUGGUCAUCAACAACCAGAUCCAGAUCACACAGCUCCAGCCCCCGCCACUGCCCACCAAGAAGCAGCCCCGGGCAGGUAACUCUGCUGGUGGGGUAGGGUGUGCGGCUGGAGGUGGUGGUGGUGCAGGGAAUGGAAACUAUGGGUUUGUGACUGAGGUGGUGACUGUAGGAGACUGGAAUGAUAACCAUGUGGUGGCGGACGGGAGUCCGUGUAGCGACUCGGAGGAGCAGAGGGAUAACCGAGGUCUCAACGGGAAUAUUGGCGGUCCGCCGCCCAAACUCAUCCCUGUGUCGGGAAAACUGGAGAAGAACAUGGAGAAGUUUCUGAUCCGUCCCACUGCAUUCAAACCAGUGGUCCCCAAGAACCGUCACUCGGUGCAGUACCUCUCCCCGAGGCCAGGGGGCAGCCUCUCAGAGAGCCAGGGCAGCCUCAACCUCCUCCUGCCCCUACCUAUCAAUGGGAAUAACGGAAAUACUGUGGUCAACAGCCCGGGGAGCUACGGAAAUGUCGUAUCUCUGCUCUGCUCCUCCUCUUCCUCGGACAGUAAAAGGAACUCGUACAGCGGAGGACGCAACGCUCGCAGCAGCCAGUCCUGCUCCACGUCAGACUCUGGCCGUAACUCCCUGUCCAGCCUCCCCACUCACAGCAGUACCGGCUACAGCUUGGCCCACAGCGAGGCCUCUGGGUCUGGAGGGUCCGGGUUGGGCCUGGAGCCUGGGGCUGGAAGAACUACUACUACCAACGGAGGAGGGUCGGUGACCCACGGAGUUCACAGUCACUCAACCUCCCACGGUCACUCUAACUCGGACAGCGGGCGUUCGUCAUCCAGUAAGAGCACGGGGUCGGGGUCGCUGAGCGGGCGCGGCCAGCCCCUGUCGGACAGUGGGUCGUGUGGGCACUCACCCCCGCCUCUGGAGGGGUACGAGGGGGUGAUGAGGGAGCUGGAGGAGAAGCUGAGGGAGAGGGAUUUGGAACUGCAGCAGCUCAGAGAGAACCUGGACGAGAACGAAGCCGCCAUCUGUCAGGUGUACGAGGAAAAGCAGCGUCGCUGUGAGAGGGAGCUGGAAGAAAUGAGACAGAGCUGCUCUUCCAAGAUGAAACAGGCUACACAGAAGGCCCAGAGAGUACAACAGGCCUUACAACUACAGGUGUUCCAGCUGCAGCAGGAGAAAAAUAAACUUCAGGAGGACUUCUCCUCUCUGCUACAGGACAGGGAGGUGCUGGAGAGGAGGUGUGCCUCCAUACAGAGAGAACAGAUCCAGUUGGGACCGCGCCUAGAGGAGACGAAGUGGGAGGUGUGUCAGAAGUCAGGUGAGAUAUCCCUGUUGAAACAGCAACUGAAGGAGAUCCAGUCAGAGCUGAGCCAGAAGGGUGGGGAGCUGGUGGUCCUGAAGUCCCAGCUGAGGGAGGCCAGGACCGACCUCCAAAACAGCCAGGCCAGGAGCCAGGAGGCUGGUUCGGCCCUGCGGACACGCUCUCUGGAGCUAGAGGUCUGCGAGAAUGAGCUCCAGCGCAGGAAGAGCGAGGCUGAGCUUCUCCGCGAGAAAGUCAUACGCUUGGAAGAAGAGUCGGUCCAGCUUCGAGGUGCCCUGGCCAAUCAGGGAGGAGGCCAGACGCCGGCUAAUAAGGGCCAGUGCAUGAGCCUGCCCCUCCCCCAGGGCCGUGUGGGUGUGGAGGGUGGAAAGGGGGGCCCCAGCCCCUCGAUGGGGUACCGUGAGGCGGAGGAGGGCAGGCUGGUAUGGGGAGGGGAGAGUGAUGAGGCCAAGACUCAGAGGCAGAGUGCUGAAGCUGUGCUUGGACUCAGGCAACAGGUGGAGAGGCUGAGGGCAGAGCUGAUGUACGAGAGGAGGAGCAGUGAGGAGCAGCUGGGAGGAUUCGAGGAGGAGAGGAGGGUCUGGCAGGAGGAGAAGGAAAAGGUGAUCCGCUACCAGAAGCAGCUGCAGCAGAACUACAUCCAGAUGUACAGGAGGAACAGAGAUCUGGAGAGGGUGAUGAGAGAGCUCAGUCUAGAGCUGGAGAACAGAGACAUAGAGGACUACGACAUCCACAGCGGCAGCAACGACAUCCACUUUGAGGAGAUGACCGCUACUGAGAUCUAGAGGGGACAACAACAGGGGUGUCCUCUCGCCCCAUUGAGAUUUAGAGACCAGACAGAGACGUUGUCUAACCCCAGUGAUAUCAAAAUCAAAUCAAAUUGUAUUGGUCACAUCCAUAUGUUUAGCAGAUGUUCAAUGCUUGUGUUUCUAGCUCCAACAGUAGCAUCUCCUGAUAUUUAGGGACAAGGGUGUCCUCUCGCCGCCAUGACUAUUAAUACCAGCACCCUGAAAUGAUCUGAUUUCCCAAUCACUGCUACUGAGAGGGCUGCGUCCAAAACGGAACCCUAUUUCCUAUGUAGUGCACUACCUUUGGCUAGAGAACAGGGUGCCAUUUGAAAUUUGCAUCUAGGAUAUCGAGGGUAUAUGUGAACUUAUUCCCCUAACCACAGUACAAGCACUCUUUACUUCCCUAUGGACCGUUUGCUGUCAUGGACAUUAAGGGAGCAUCUCUGUUUAAGGGUGGAUCCGCUCCACUAGACAUUGGGAUGCACCCUCCUCCUGGACCACACAGGAACAGCUGACUACCUGCAGUCAGAAAAGACUCCAUCACAUCUUUAUUCAGACUUAAAAGAGAGGUUAGUGUGUAUCUCAAUAGUUGAGAGUGUCUUCCUCUCCAGAGUAAGAUUCACCCUCAGAGCAACACAUCCUCCUUGCCUCCUCACAUGGGUUUGAUUGCCCAGCUAUAGUACCAGCACUCUUUGGGACGUAUAUUAUGACUUUUGACUUGAGAAACAAGCUGGUACCACUCAAACCUCGCUCAAAUCAGUGUAUUGAAAGCAAAAGGGAGAAUCGAGUCGAGUAUAAUCACAUCUGUAUGGAGCACACAGGUGUGACUACCUGACCACCAGCACAUAAUGAUGACAUUACUAUAACGAUGACAUCAUCACCACUCGACUGUGUUUUCGUUCGUCCACAGGACUUUGUGCACCUUUGCACUAAAGCAAUGAUGUAAAAACACUUUCACAAUUUGUGCUGUCAAUGUUAUAUAUACAGUGUUCAGUGGAUCAGCAACUCAUCUAGAAGUAGUACGGAAAGGACAAGAAAUAAUCCACUGGCCAGGAAAUAUGGAUUUAUAUUCGGUGGAAUUGGACUAUGUAGUAUUUUGAUGGGAUGUAUCAGGACUGUUGGCACAAAUAGCAAAUGCAACUGUUCAGUUUUCAGCACUGGCUAAGAAAGGAACUGUAGUCUACAUUCUUCCUUGUUCAUGGAAUCUUCAAAAAUCCUGGAUUUCUAUCAUUGGCUGCUUGCAGCUAACAUGUCAACAUUCUCUUCUGUCAUUGGCUGAACCAUAUCUGUCAGUUGAUAUUGACUCUCAGCUCCCCAUAUCAGACUGAGAGAUGUGGUGAGAAGGAAGAGAAAACCAAAAGAAGACAUCAAAGGCUUAAUGUGAGUGCUGUGUUGUGCUCUUCCUCUCUCUAAGCCAAUAGUCACCCUAUUGUAUCUUCUCUACAACCUCUCUGAUGUGAAUGACACAAAUAGAAGCAAGUAGCACUAUGAGGGAGUGAUUAGCAUGGGAGAUAUCAGCACAAAUGCAACCGCUGCCCUUCUCUCUCUCUCUCAGCACAAACAUAUCAGAGGAAGAAACACACCUUAAUUGGUCAACUCAAGCUGCCCGUCAAAGAUAUCGAUGCUGCAUUGGCUGCUGGGACUGUUAUGGAGCCGUAUUGGAUCAGUGAGCAUAUGGUGUCACUUUUCCUUAUGGUAUCACAGUGAAACCAACAAAACAUCCCUGUUCAACUGUACUGAGCUCCCCCCUCCCUUGGCCUCUCUCACUGUCGCACACGCUGGACUGUGAAUACUCUUCUAACGUUUUACUUUUUAUUACUAGACCCCCCCCUUUCCCUCCCUCUCAUCAAAAAGAUAGUAACACAUCCUAGACUUCCUGUCCCUUCUGGCCAGUAACUGUGAGGCUCACUCACUGACACCUAGAUAAUGUGGAUGGCAAAAUUGCAUGUCUUUCCCUUGUCUGUCAAAGUCUGGGAGAGGACAGUCCAGGUAAUGUAGGGCAGGGUUCCCCAACUGGCAGUGAUUUCAUUUGGCCUCCCAAGUUUUCUGAGCAAAAAAACAUAUAUAUAUAUUUAAUUCUAUACUUUUUAAACGUUGUUGGAUAUAAACGACUACAAACACCAGCAAAUCAGCUCCAGGUGAUUUAAAUUUUGGAAAUCUGUCCCAAAGUAUUCCAACGCAUAAUAGUGAAAUAGAUACAAAUGUAAACAAGGUUUGAAAUAAUUGUUUAUUAUUAUUUUGCAUUCAAUUUGCGGUCUACAAAUGAUUUGUAAUUAUGUACCAGUCCGCUGACCAUCCAAAAUGUCAGCCUGCGGCUAAAUCUAGUUGAUGAUCCCUGAUGUAGGGGUUUGUGCUGGACAGUGCAUGAUAUAUUAGCCUAAGGCAUGACAAACAGGUCAUUAUGGAACUGUUACAGUGGUUAUAUCAACAUUUUGGCAACCACUGCCAUAGAAAUAUCAUUAAUAGAAUGUAAUUCUAUUUCUAUGUGGGGAGCCAUAGAUAAAUAUUGGAGUCUUCAGUUGUGCUUCCUCAUAAGAAGGGAUUAAACUAGAGCUCUGGUCUUUUAUAUUACAGAGGUAAACAAGAGUUUAUAAAAAGGAAUCUAACAGAUAAAUGGAAAUCAAUAUGAUCAAUGAUGAUGAUGUAUAUAUUUUUUUAUAUAGCACCUGAAGAUAUUUUGUGGUAACACCAGUACGUACCAUUGUGGGUUUAAUGUACAAAAUAUAAUAAAGCGUUCUAUAUAUCUUUCCAGUACCACAAAUAUACCAAUGAGAUGAUUAAACACAAUUGGAAAGGGUCUGGGAAGAGUGGCGCUAACAUUGAAACUCCACUCUUUGUUGUUGACCAAGCCGCAUUAUGAUUUAACAAACAUACAAAAAUAUGGGAAAUAUCCAGCUUUUAGCCAAGGUUUACAUUGGUCAGCACAUUAAUGGUCAUCCUUGUUCAAUGCGAUUGAGUUUUCAUUUGGCGGCCAUUAUUAUCUAUAUCACCCAAUAUCAUCGUCAUCGUUGUGUUUGCCAUCUUCAGACUACACUUAUUAACACACAAAGCAUUUAAUCAAAAUAAUAUCUAAACUAAAAAUGCGUUCAUCACAUAUGGUACAAACAUUAAUCUUCAAUUUAGUCAUAUAGGUCUACAAGGUUACCAUUUUACAACAUUCAAGAUGUAUCUUUAAGAGAGGAAUAGAACAUAUGAUGUUCCAGUGUGGAUGUACCAUCAUCUGUAACACAGUCAGGUGGAAAAAGCAGCUCAGGUGUCAUUUUUUAAAUUUAACCUUUAUUUAACAAGGCAAACCAGCUAAGAACAAAUUAUUAUUUACAAUGACAGUCUACCACAGCCAAACCCUAACACAGAUGACACGUUGGGCCAAUGGGACUCCCAAUCACAGCUAUCUGUGAUAUAGCUCAGAAUCGAACCAGGGUCUGUAGUGACACCUCUAGCACUGAGAUGCAGUGCCUUAGACCGCUGUAAUGACUAACACAGUAGCAAAGGUGGAAUGGUUAACACAGUAGCACAGGUGUAAUGGUUAACACAGUACAGUAGCACAGGUAAAGUGAACUGAAAGGGACCCCAGUGUUAAUUUUGGCACUCUGUAACAGAUUUAGUCAUUUUGACUUAAAUAUCAUUAAGUCUGAUUCACAUUUGAAUAAUGAUUUAGUGUAGUUAUUGUCAAAAUGGCAAAAACAGUGGUCCAUUUUUGUCAACUUAAUCCAUUUUUGUCAACUUUCAUUUUAGUAAUUUGUAUUGCCUCAUUAACUUAUAGUAAACAUAAAUCACUGACUUCCAUGUGCACAUACAUACAUACAGUAGUAGCCUUGUUCUACUAACAUAUUUUUCUGCAUAAAAUCCUAUUCUCAUCCCAACAGCAGAAAUAUGACAAAGAAUUAUUUGGCCUCGGUCGCGUCCAUUUAUCAACGUUCCACAGACGCCGCGGCCACAUGUCCAAAAGUAGAACGGGGCACAGACGUCAGUUCAACGUCUAGUUUUGAUUUACAUUUGGUUGAGUUGUCAACUAGCCUGAAUUCAAUGUGAGAUCAACAUAAAAUGUCAUGUCAUUGGAUUUAGGAUAAAAGUAGGGUGUAAAAAAGACAACACUUCCUUACGUUGAUGACUUUUUUCAAAUCCAAUCAGUUUUACACUUUGAUUCAACUUCAUCACAUUAAAUGAUUUUGUUGAAAUGACGUGGAAACAAUGUUGAUUCAAACCGUUUUUGCCCAGUGGGUAAUGAUUUCGAACAGGAGGGAGCUAAAGACUGUUUUGCCCAGUGAUGUAGUUGAUUAAUUAAACCUCAAAACCUAAUCAAGUCCCAACUAAGUCCCCUGUGCACGAGUCCAAGUCAGAGUCACGAGUCCUGGUCCAAGUGCUCGAGUCAGAGUCACCAAUGGUCGAGUCACGAGUCCUGGUCCAAGUGCUCGAGUCAGAGUCACCAAUGAUCGAGUCACGAGUCCUGGUCCAAGUGCUCAAGUCUGAGUCACUGGUUCCACUCAAAAUAAAGCCAUUUACCCAGUCAGAGGUAGUGUAGUGUCAAAAUUAAUUUAUUCAAUAAAUUGUUUGCUAUUCCUUUUCCUUUCUAUCUAUGCCACCAAAUGUUUGCAUAGGCUACUGGUAAUGUUACCAGGGCCACGUUCAGUUGCAAAACGUUGUUGAACGUUGCAGAUAGAAAUUCCAUGAAUAGAGCCAACGUUAUUCCUUAUUCAACAUGUCAGAUAGAAAUGUGCUAUUUAGAACAAACAUGCCUAUCAGAGCGUUCCGUCCUGCUGAACACGGCCCAGGUUGUUAGCAAUAACUAGCUAAUGAGGUAACAUGACUGAACAAAUUGUAGUCUAAAUAGAUGGUUACUUGUCCGGUCCUAGUUUUAGAACAGAUAUGCUUUAUGAAUGUUAAAUGCGCCCCGCCAAUGCAUGAUAGAAAGAAAAAACGUAGCGUGGGUAUUAUGGUUCAGACCUUUAGAGCGGUAAUCUCAAGACGUUUUCUUAAACCGUGUCCUUUUCCUGCAGUCUGAACAGGUAAAAACCACAAUGGAAUCUGAUAAUUCAAGCCACAUUUCAAACCACCUUCGUAGAUGGCUUGAAGUCAGAUACAAAUCUGAUUCCUGGUCAAGUGACUUGUGUCUGAACGGGAAAAUCAGAUUUAUUUGCCCUCAAGUGGUUUUGAAAGUUGGAUAAUAUUUUCCUUUGAGGCUAUAAAGUGUUCCUACACUAUGAUUUUGAACAUUCAAAGCAACUGGGAAACAUUCUACAUAACUUCUAAGUGAUGAGGAAUCAUGAACACCACCACAGAUCAGUUCUAAAAACUCUUGUUCAGUCCACUUAGUAGUCAGACUUGAGAUCAUUUAGUCUCGUCUUGUUUUAGGCAACUGAAAUAUAUAUUUUUGUUUAUUUAUAUUUUUUUUCUGGUCUUUUUAGUCAGUUAUAGUCUAGUCAACUGCCACUGAAAAAGUAGGUGUUUGACAAAUAUUUCAGUCCUUAUUUUUGUUGACUAAUGUAACUGUGAGGAACCCCCUCGGUGAAAGCACAGUGCACUCUGGAUACCCCUUUCAAAAUGUCUCACUUUUCUUUAUAACCACAUAAUAACAAUUUUCUGUGUAAAUACAGUCAGUAUCUAACUGAAAAUGACAUACAGGUAACUGCCAAAAUAAAGGAAACACUUGUGUAAAUGAGGGAUACAAAGUAUAUUGAAAGUAGGUGUUUCCACACAGGUGUGGGUCUUGAGUUAAUUAAGCAAUUAACAUCCCAUCAUGCUUAGAGUCAUGUAUAAAAAUGCUGGGCAGUCCGUUAUUUUGGCUACCAUGGCUAUGCUUCCCCCAUAGGAUUACAAGGCCCUGGCCACAGGGCACAAGUGAUCACUGAAUGGUUUGAUGAGCAUGAAAACCAGAUCUCAACCCAAUUUAACACUUAUGGUAGAUUGUGGAGCGGUGCCUGAGACAGCGUUUUCCACGACCAACAAAACAACAGCGUUUUCCCUCCAAUAGAGUUCCAGACACUUGUAGAAUCUAUGCCAAUGUGCAUUGAAGCUGUUCUGGCUCGUGGAGGCACAACGCCCUAUUAAGACUUUGUUGGUGUUUCCUUAAUUUUGGCAGUUACUUCUACAUUGAGUGACAUUCUAGUCCUUUACUCAGACCAAAAUAUAUAUUUCAAAUGUAGCCACUGCGACUAGACCAAAGCAACGUAACACGUUUGUUUGUAUUUGUCUUGUUUCUUUUCUUCCUUAGUGUGCCUAAGUAUACAAUUAUAUUUUAGUGUGUUUAGGUGUUCUGUUCCUUUAUUAAUCCAUGGUGUUUGUAGUCAUUCAUGUAUAUUUUCAUGCUGUAAAUGUAUUGUACAAAAGUACGUUUGUUUUUAAUUAAAGAUACAAAAUGUCA